GUCCACAUUGCAAAGAUUUACUUUAAUACUCUCUUCAGAGUCAUGCUGAAACUUAGAAUAGAUAGUUGUCAUAUUUCUAAUGCGUUCACAGCAUAAAAAGGAUUUUUUUCCCUGUUUACACCUUGUAAAAGGAAUGUUUUGUCUGAUCGUUGCAGUGUGCGCAAUGCUGUCAGCCCCUGUAUGUUCUGACUCGGGGUCACAUUCCUUGUGGGUCUUUGCCACUUAUUUGACUGGAGACAGUUCAGCCCUAUUUCCAGAGUUCACUGCAGUUAUGAUGCUGGAUGAUCUCAUCAUUGGUCACUAUAAUUCACAAGAGAGAAGUUUUGUCCAGGAGAUACCACAAGAAUCGGUUAAUGCCACUGAGCAACUGACCAUAAUAACAGUUUGUAAAGACAUGCACGAGGCCAUGAAAACUAAAGCACACUAUUUAAUUAAUUACCUAAACCAUACAAAAGGCCUUCAUGUGCAGCAGAGACUGGUUGGCUGUGACAUUUUCCAUGAUAAGCCUGGUCGAAUGAUGACCCUGGAAGCCUUCAAUCGUGAGAGUGGCUUUGAGAGACACUAUAACAUUCAGGGAGACCAGCACACUCAGUGGAAAUGGCCUGAGUUAAAGAGUAGAGCACAGCUGGAAUAUGACGCAUGGCUCUUUGCCCACUUUUACCGUCCUCUGUGCAUCAGCCAACUCAAGAAAUAUCUAAAAAAGGAGAAGAACCGUGUGAUGGCAAGAGUAAAGCCCAGAGUGAGAGUGAUUAAACACUCUUACAGUGACACAGGUGUGGUUCGGAUUACCUGCCUGGCAACUGGUUUUUACCCACGUCACAUCAACCUGACACUUCUCCAAGAUGGCCAACCAGUAAAUGAGGAGCAGGUUACAGGAGGAGAACUGCUGCCCAACGCUGAUGGAACGUACCAGAUGAGGAAGAGUAUGGAACUAAGUGCCGAAAAGCAAAGAGGAAGACACACCUACACAUGUACUGCUACUCACCUAAGCCUGGAUAACAAACUUGAUAUCUGUUUAGAGCCGGGUCCUGACCCUGCUGUUGUAGUUCCCUUGGUGCUUGUGAUGCUGUGUGUGAUUGGAGCUGUGGUUGCCUUUAAAAUAUGGAGGAAGAGAUACAAACAGACUGAUCAGGCCAGCUACAUACCUGCCUCAGCCAUUGACCAGACAGCAGAAAUUGCAGGACACCAACAGAUGUGACCACUUAGAAGUUUCUAAUUUGACUUGUUCUAAACAGUGUUGGGUGUAAUCCAAUGACAAAGUAAUUAGUUACUGAUAUUGAAUUACUUUUUUAGUAAAAACAUAAAAAAAAGUAGUAUAAUGCAUUACAUUUGAAAUUCUUGUAAUCAGAUUACAGUUACUGACUUAAAAAAUACUUUUUAAAUACAUUUUAGGAUUAUGCUUAUUUCUAUUAUGUAGAAUCUUAUGUAUGUUAUCUUAUGUAGAAUACAUGAAUUAUGGUCCUGUAAUGAGUCAUUGUGAAGGAGAAAUGUGAUUACAGAGUGUAUGACAUUUGUGUAACAAUGUCAAUUUCUAUGAAAGAAAUAUAGACAUUAUUUUGAAUUAUUUUGAGCUUAAAAGUGUUUUAUAAUGUAAACUAAAAAUAAAGUAAUCAGUAAUAUGAUUACUUUUCCAGUUAAAUAAUUAGUAAAGUAAUCUGAUUAAAAUUCUGAUUAAAGUUAUUUGUUGUAGAUUUGUGUAAAUAACACACAAAUUAUUUUAUUUACAUUUACAGAAAUAAUUUUUUAUUGACAAAAUGACAGAAAAGACUGAAAAGCUCUUAUCACACUCCGACUCCCACACUCCGAAUCCCUCAACACUGCAGUGAAUAGGCAUUGUCAGAUUCAUCAGCCAAUCAGACUGAUUUAUUUGUUCUUGUGGGUGUGGUCUUUAGGAUAUGUCCCAAUCCAGGCCUUCUAGCUGGCCAUGAGUGACGCAAUCACGCUUUAAGUGAGGUACGUAAUUUGAAAGCGAAGCGCGCAAGAUCUUGCUGACGAGUCGGCUGUCAUCACCGCUGGUAUUGCAGUUGAGAAAGAGAUCCUUAUGGAUUUAAAAACCUGAGAUGUUGUGUAUGAUCGUGCGAUUGAUAAAUUAAACAGGACAGGAGGACUGAUUUUCACUUAAAGCAAAUAGGUAGUGCUUUAUGCAUUGUUAUAGCAACAUCAGGAGUUUUCUAAGUGUAAAUUGAGCUGCUUCAGCAUUCAGUAUCGGAUCAAAUUUUGAAAAGUAACCCUGACGAAUUUUUUUUUAUUGCAAGCAAAAUUUAAAUCGCAAAUAUUAUUAAAGAGCUUUUUUCUUGGUAUUAGACCUCCUUGGUUCUGGCUUUUGUGCAUGAACGUGUUUUUAAAAUGUUAAUUGGUAUUAUUAGUUGACUGCUACUUAAUGUAUGAUUAACCAACCAACAACUGGCUGACGACUUCAAUGUGUUCUACUGUAGAUUUUAAAGGCACAUUCUCACACCCCACACCCGCUCAGACCUUCAUUUCACAGAAGCACCAACACCUCCUGCAACCCCCCUCCUGCUACUCAAACUGCACCUAAGAUCUGUAAAGAAGAGGUGUGCCAUGCUUCCGAAAACAAAAGACAAGAAAAGCACAGGGCCCAGAUGGUGUUUUACCCACUUAUCUUAGAUCCUGUGCUAACCAGCUGACCCACAUCUUUACACUGAUCUUCAAUAGGUCACUGAAGCAGUGUGAAUCCAAAUGGUGCUUCAAAUGCUCAAUCAUCAUUCCUGUCCCAAAGAAACCCAAAAUCACAGGACAUAACGACUAUUGACCCGUCAUCCUGACUUCUGUGGUCAUGAAAUAAUUUAAGAGACUGGUGUUGGCCCACCUGAAGGACAUCACUGUACCCUUUCUACGUAGAUCCCCUUCAAUUUGCUUAUCAACCAAACAGGUCUCGCAAUCGUGCUAUAUGGCCCUAAAUAAGCACUGCUGUGAUUACCUACGGCACUCGGCCUGCGGCCGAAUCACAGCAUUGCUGAUUUAGGGCCAUAUAGCACGAUUGCGAGUGUGAUAUUGCUUAUAUACAACAGUUCAAAGAACAAGUAAAUGUAAAAAAAAAAUAGGAAAAACUGGAACUACUUUAUUAAUGACAGUUAAAAACAAAUUAUGCAUCCAAGCCUUUGUUAGUAAUUCAAAAAUGUCACAUUAGAAAUAGUAUCACGGCUUGUGCUAUUUCGAACAAGUUAUUGGAUUAACCAAGAUGGAUGGAUGUGUGUGAGAGAGAGAUAGAGAGAGAGACUGAGCAUGUGUGAUGACCUGUUGCCACACCCAAGCAGAGAUGCUGUCAGCUUUCUGAAGGUCAGUUUUCUCAGUGGUAAAAUAGCAUCAAGCAGGUUUAUUCCUCUCUAUUUCAUGGUAACCGGUGCGCAGGAGUCAUUAACUAUAGAAACCACAAUGUCCUCCACCAUUUUAAACAGUAUGUAUCCAAUGUGGAAACUCCAGCAAGUGGUAAGCACCUUGAGUUCUGUAAUCAAUCAGUUUGUCUCUCAGCUGUGAUGAGCCGUAAUACUGAUGUUGUUCGUUUAAAUCACAGAGCUCCAUUCUAUGUAAACCAUGACUAACGAUUCACUUCAUGUUACCAACUGGCUCAUAUUACACACAAAAAUGAUCUUUUGUCACCACUUGCUGACAAACAUAUGUAAUGUAAAAAAAACAUAGCCUACAUUAGCUCUUAACAGAUCUGCGCUGCUCUUACACUUUAGUUUAGGAUAACGAAUGCAAGAGGAGUGAUACACGGUGAAGCGUCCGAGUGCUGAUGGUGUCAGAUCAUCAGCGCUCAUGGAACGUCUCUCGUCCAUCAGAUUUGAGGACCGGAACUAACUGUUGUGUUAUAUAUAUAUAUAUAUAUAUACAUACACACACAUUGUCUUAUUGUGUUAUUCUAUAUAUAUACUUUAUUUUCUAUCCAGUCUUUAUUCUUAUUCUAUUUCUAUUUAUUUAUUUGUAAUAUUUUAUUUUAUUUAUUAUUUUUAUUAUCUCUGUCUUGUUGCUGUAUUGUAUUGUUGUGCACUGGAAGCUCCUGUCAUCCAGAAAAAAGAAAAAUUAAUUGAUUGUGAAAGCAUA